GCCGCGCAGUCUGUAGUCGUAGAAACAUAAACAAUAUGGCGGCGUACGACUGAAUUGACUGUCCUGGAUUUUCUGGUUAACUAUAUCAGAAAACAGACACAAGAUGACUACAACAGAGAGGCUAAAGACCCCACUGCUGUUUCCCUGUGCAGCAAGGGUGAAAGUUCCACAGCUAGGGUCAGAAGACUCGGACCUGAAACCUGGUCAGAAGACAAACCGUUAUGCUCCAGAAACUAUAGUUUUCAGAAAUCCUUCAGAACCAUCUGACCCUAUAAGUAAAGAUUAUUUAAAAAAAGUAUCAUUUGAUCUAGCAUUUGAAGAGGAAGUAGUGAAAGAGAGAUGUUUCCAUGCUUUACCAUAUGAUGAGAAGUAUAUGUCUGAAGCAUUUGACAUUGGAGAUCUUGUCCCCCUUCCUCCGAGAGCUAAAAUACCUGUUGGCAGGCAUAACUCAAGAGGCAUAGAUGUGAGACACAUGCCAUGCAAUCUAACAAAGUCGACAAAGCCUCACCUUAAACCGUUACGAAGAAAAAUUACUGAGAGAGCACAACAGAUGCAUUUAGAAGCUAUAAAACGGGAAGAGCUGAGAGAAAUUCAAAAGCGAAUACAAGAAAAACAAAGGGUGCUUGAAAGAGUUGAAGAAAAAAUAGAACAGGACACUGAAGAAGGGAGAACAGAAAGAGAAAGUGUGUUUUUGACAGAAACAAAACCUGAGACAAUUUCAUCCACCCAGAAGACAGAAGCAACAUUACCAGCUACCUUCAGUGAAACUGUUGAGCCAACAGUAACUUGGAAAUCUACAACAAAAACAACUACAGACCAUGAGGAUAUAACUGAACCCAAAGAAAAGCGUGGAAAUGACUGGGAUGCUUAUUUAAUGUCAAUUAUAAGUUCAAAUACUGCUAACUGGAUUGUUUAUGAGCGGACACCAGCAGGGGCACAGGACAGGGAAAAGUUGCAAAAUCUGUUAAAGAAAUGGUAUGGCACACCAGAACACACAGAUCUUGUCCGAGAAGAUAUGAGCGACACAGAAAUCGAACCUGAAGAUGAGGAAAAGACACCAAAGAAAAAAUGGACUAAAAAAGAAGCAACUUUGCUCCAGAAGGUGUACAACCUAGAAGAAGAUGAGCCCCAUUCUCUCGACCCAUACUCUGAUGACAACAAAGCCCCAUUUUACAGACAACCUGCUGGGCUUAGAAGGGCCCGCAAACAUGAAGUAAAGGAGGAAUUAGUUUCUAAGAUGAAGGGUGCUAUCAAUACCACUGCUGCUAACAUUGAGGUGAAGACAUUCAGACCAUCUCCACCACCAACACUACGAGACUUCAUGAACCCUGAGGCUGGAAACUAUAUUUUAGAAACAGACAAUAUGUUCCAACAAGAGCAACUAACUGGCACAGAGCAGGUCUUUGAGGCUUUUGGCGAUAAAACAAAAAUAAUGAUGCAGUCUCAGAACAAGUACAAGAAGGAACUACAGCCUGGUUUCCCUCAGCCGCCGGAACAGUGGUUCCCGGUAACUGAUGCAGAGAAACAGGAACAGCUGAGAGACAAGAAAAAACAGAAAAAACAUCAGCGUGGACAUAAACGAUGGAAAAACUUACCUAAACCUAUUGAUGACACUGCAGAGUUACUAAGUAUACAGGCACCAGGAACCGAGCAGGACUUUGAAAAGUCAGCAGAUCCACGUACAAGGAAGACCGCCAAGAACAAUGCAUCUCUUAUGCAGAUCAUUGAUGAGUGGAGGACUAAGUGGCAUUUGUCCGGUCAGUUUGUGGACAGUACGCCCGAUGACCUGAUCAAGGACAUGGCUGAUAUCCAGCCACAUGUGAGACUGAAGGCGAUUGCUACAUGUGCCAAAGCUGCGGACUAUAAACCUCCAGAAGAUCAUGGUAUACAACUUGACUACAUUGACAAAGGAGAGCCCAAAGACAAUUUACCUGAGAAACUUUUUGUGGCCCUUGAAUGUCUGCUUGAAGACCCCGUUGAGAAAGUGAAAACAGCUGCUGCCAUUACAUUAUACUCUCUAAACCGGCCCUCGAAACCAGCUGAAGAAAUCUUGUAUAGAGCUAUGCAGAGUGAGAAUCCAAUAGACAGGUGGGCAGCAGCCCAGUGUCUGGCUCAUUAUGGUGUGUGUGAUUCUGACGUGGUUGGCGAGAUACUGCGGCAGGUCAUGACAACAGAAGAUACGAUAAAACAUGAGCGAGGGAUCAGCAUGCUUGGAAUUCUUAGUAUAACUUCUAAUCUAGUUCACUCAAUGGUAGCGGAACAGUUAAACAGCAGUAGUUGGAGACACAAGAUUAUUGCAUGUAAAAUUCUGCCUACACUACGGGGAGAUAUAAAUAGGGAUAUUACAAAUAAACUUACUGACCUGAUGUGGAAUGAUUGGCACUCUGAGGUGAGGCGAGCAGCAGCCCAGUGUCUCGGUAAAACAGGUCAUGGGCGUGAUGUUCAUGAUGAUCUUAGAAACAGAAUCUUGGAGGGUGAUGAAAAGAUCAGACUAGAAGCUCUUAGCAAAAUUGGUCAGCUUGGUAUUAUGACGGCCAAACUACUGCCAGCUUUUCUCAAAUGUUUCGAGGAUGAGUAUGUAGCUAUACGAUCUGAAGUGUGCAUAACAUGCAGUAAUAUAGCUAUCAAAGAUGAAGAGGUGAUCGCUAAAUUAAUACAUCUAGCAACUUUUGACAACAUCUGGAAAAUAAAGGCACUGGCUUUUCAGGCCCUUGGGAAGAUUGGUGUGAUUACAGAGCAAAUUGUAGACUGUUUGCUGUGGGCGGUACGAUAUGAGGAGAACCCUGGGGUUCGAGCCGAGGCAUGCCACACCCUUAAAGUUCUCAAAGUCAAGACAGAAGAAGUGGCUGAUGUUAUUCAGGACCGGUACCUGGUAGAAUCAAACCCCAUGGUCAGAGAUGAGUUAGCUUCCACUCUGAAGAUGUUUGACAUCAGUGCUACAGAAGAUAUGGACAUGGUGGCCCAGAUAAAGAAGGAAGUGAAGAAGUUGUGCACGAGGAACAUUAUAGCUUCACAGAUCACACUCAAUGAAAUGGACCAGGAUAAACGUGAAAAUCUUGCCAGAAUGAUUUAUGAAUCUGAAAAGGAUCUGAAGCAAAAGAGAAGGAAACAGAAAAAACUGAAGCAGGCAAGUUUUGCUGUGAGCAAACAGAUCCGGUCGCCUCAUCUUCACCUCACAUCCAGCCCGUACGAGAUAUCAUCUGAGAGACAAAAUCGUGUUGCUCCAUUUGUACUCUUUAAAUGUUCUGAGGAACAUGAGAAGCCACAAGAGCCAAUGAUGGAGAGAAUUCGAACCAUGAGCCAGGCCAGCAGUCACAAGUCCAAGCCUGAAUCUGUUCCUGCUUCACCUGAACCUAUACUGAGAGAGACUGCAUUCACACCAACUGCUGAUCAGGAGCUUGAAGCAAUUUUGGCAAAAGAUGAAAUUGCAAGUGGAAAAACCUCACCUACAGAGACUGAGACUCCAGGCACAAAAUCUCGUGCAACAUCAGCAAGUACAAGAAUAGGUGAUGAUGAUGAGGAGGAGGAGGAGGGAGAGGAAGAAGAAGAGAAGAGGGAAACAGAUGAUGAGGGUUUGGAGGAUGAAAAGCGGGCAAAGUCAAGUGAGGAAGACAAGUUGCCCUCCAGUUUGACAUCAAGGUCUCCAGGGAUCAGGUCAGAGGUGGAUGAAGAAAUUGUCAAGGCCACUCAGGACAUAGAGAGACCAACCAGCACUGUAAAGUUUGCAGAAACUCUUGAGGUUGCUGACAUACCAUCAAGGUCAAUGUCAUCUCUAGGACCAUCUAGGAUCUCUAUCAUGGAUGAACAUGGAAAACCAUCUAGGACAAGCAUGAUGACUGGAACCACAGGAACAGAGGGUAUGGUGUUUGGACGUGAUGCUGUAGUAGAAAGAGAAAAGAUUAAUGAAGAAGCAAGAAAUACUUUUGCUGUUAUGGAUGUGAGGUAUAGAGACAUGGUUCAGGAUUUAAUAGACCUUGAUAAUGCAUUUGAACUUGGACUGACUGAUGGAAACAGACAAGACUUUGAAAAGAAAAUUCAAAAUAUGAGAAUUAUAAAAACACCACCUACAAAGAAUGGGGAGAAAGGUAAAGUAGAACUUGCUGUUAAAGGUGCAAGUGAUAAAAAAGUGACUGGAAAAUCAAGUAAGGAAGUAACAGAUGAUCUUCAAGAAAGUAAUGAGAAAGUUUCUGUAGAUUCAAAGGAAGAAGUAUUAGGUGAAAAUGAACAUGUAGAUGUUAAAGAUAAAGAAAUGGCAGCUGCUUUAGACAAGCAAGAAUUGACUGACAAAGAUUCCAAAGUGAUUCCAACAGAAAUAAAUGGUGUACAGUCUGAGGUAGAAAUUGUUGUUACCGAAGCCAAAGAUGAGAAUGAUCAUAAAGAUUCUUAGAAUUGAUUAAAAUAUGGCAUUUCUUUGAUUGUUUGAUAUUUUAUAUAUUUUUUGAGAGAAAAAAUUAAUGUAGAAAUCUUUAAGAGACUUCAUGUUAUUGGAUACGUUUUCCUAAUGUGAUGUUAAAAUUAGAAAAAAAUAAUAUGAAUAUAUUGCUAAAGUUUAUGCACAGCCUAUUGAAGUAUAUUAUCUAUUUUAUGUAAAGGAUUUUCAAGCACUUGCCUCUGUAAAAUGUUAGUGUGACAUUUCAUAAUCAUUCCUAUAAAUUUUUUUCAGAUAUUUGUGUAUGCCAAAUUAAACAUUUUGGCAUUUUUUAUCAUCAGAGGAAAUGGCUUUAUUUACAUUUGUUUGAAAAUACAAUUAUUCUUGUAAUGAUGUUUGUAAUUCUUUAAUGAUUUCUAAAUAAUAAUGGUUAUUUUGUUUUCAUAUUAGUGUAUUGUAAAGAGCUGUUUUUAUUGUUAUUAUAAUCAAAUUAAGAUGGAAGUAAAAGCUUUAAGAUAUACUUGAACGUUUGAACCAUAAACUGCCAGUUGUUUGCUCUGACUUUGGUAUAUAGGUAAAACAGCAAUAUUGAUAAAGGUAGGUGUUCACCUGAAUUUUGUUCUCAAUUUUCUAUGACCUUAUGUUUUGCUGGAUGUUUUGUACAAAAAGCUUACUGAUAACAGAUCAAUAUCAGUUGGAGGACUGAUAGCUUCAGACACAAUGUCUCCUGUAAAUUGUAUGGGAAACAUGCACCACACCCAGGCUAUGGAGCUGAAAAUGCAAUAGUUUUAUGAUAAUAAUAAGAAAAUUCUAUGGUCCUUAUGAAAACUGAAUUGGUUACUUUCAGUUUCCAAACAAUUGUAAUAUUUACUAUGUCAGUAAGGAAUUUUACUCAAAGUAUUUCUUUUUUUUAUAUGAAUGCUAUUGAUGCAUAAAAGUCACUACAUUUAAUUGAUUUACAUCUUACUGUUCAGUGGUACAAGCUGUUUCUGUAUGUUAUCACUUGACAAGACAACCAUGUAGUCAUGAAUUUACUUCUCAGAGAUAAUGGGUGAACUUAUACAUUCCCUGAGGUGACAAUUUCAACAGACCUAUUGGCAUGCAUGUUGGAUACAACUUAUUGUACACAUUCUGUGAUAGAUUUAUUUGUAACUGGUACUAUAGCUUUGUCUGUGAUACUUUGUAUUCUGUUUUUGGCAUAAUUAUAUUGCGUACCACUGUUAUUUUUUUUUUUGUUGGAUUUAACGUCGCACCGACACAUGAUAGGUCAUAUGGCGACUUUCCAGCUUUAAUGGUGGAGGAAGACCCCAGGUGCCCCUCCGUGCAUUAUUUCAUCACGAGCGGGCACCUGGGUAGAACCACCGACCUACUACUGUUAUUGGGAUGUUAGAACCAAUUCAUUGUCAUGCACCAUUUUAAAGAUCUCUAGAGAAGUAUAAAUGUGUAUAUUUCUAAUUAUAGGCAAAGAAUAUUUACAAGAGAGAUCCACAUGGGAUUUUUUGAAACAUGGACAGAAUUGGAUCUGUGUAAAAAUUGAAGCCCCAAUGGCAGAUUUUACCAUACCAGGAGUCUUUAAGAGUUUUGUGUAGUAUUAUUUACCUAUUUGAAUUUUAUUUUUUCUCUUCAGUUUUGAUAAGAAAGUCCUUUCUCAGGUUACAAAAUGUUAUAAGUGCAUAUUUUGUAAAAGUCUACAUUGUGUUAUGAUCAGUGAUUGAUACAGUAAAAUAAAAAGUAUUAAAGACUU